GCAGGAAGUGUGUGCGCGCGCCUUUGUGCUUAAGAGAGUGAAAUUGUGUCGGGGAGUCGAACUGUAGUAACAGCAGCACCCGUGUCUUCAUUUUCCUCUGAGUGCAUUGUUAUUUCACCUCGCCUCUCGUUUCCCUGUGUGCAAUGGAUGGGUAUUGGGCAUCUGGAGUGCCUCCUGUUUCCGCCUCUUCGUGUUACCAUACUACCAUGAGCAGUUCCACUCCAUCCACAGCUAAUGGCAACGACAGUAAAAAUUAUAAAGGAGACCGAUCCCCCUGUGGCCCCUCCCGCGUCCUCCACGUCCGCAAAGUUCCCAUCGAAGUGUCAGAGGCAGAGGUCGUCUCACUAGGUGUCCCUUUCGGCAAAGUCACCAACCUGUUGAUGCUCAAAGGGAAAAAUCAAGCUUUUAUAGAAAUGGCUUCUGAGGAAGCAGCCAUCACCAUGGUCAACUACUACACCGCAGCCACACCUCACGUUCGCAACCAGCCUGUCUACAUCCAGUAUUCCAACCACCGUGAGCUCAAGACUGACAACCUGCCCAACCAGGGGAGAGCUCAGGCUGCUCUUCAGGCUGUCAAUGCAGUGCAUUCUGGGAAUAUGAGUCUGUCUGGGUCUGCGACGGCCAGUGACGGUGUCAUGAUGCCUGGACAGAGUGCUGUGCUUCGCAUCAUAGUAGAGAAUCUCUACUACCCAGUGUCUCUAGAAGUGCUACACCAGAUCUUCUCAAAAUUUGGAACAGUCCUGAAGAUCAUUACCUUCACCAAGAACAACCAGUUUCAGGCCUUGCUACAGUAUGCAGAUCCAAUGAAUGCACAUCAUGCCAAAUUGGCUUUGGAUGGGCAGAACAUCUACAAUGGCUGCUGCACUCUGCGUGUGGAAUUCUCCAAGCUGACCAGUCUGAAUGUGAAAUACAACAACGACAAGAGCAGGGACUUCACACGCCUAGACCUACCCUCAGGAGACGGGCAACCUGCGCUGGACCCCACCAUGCAGACUGCUUUUGGGGCUCCUGGGAUAAUUUCGUCGCCAUACCACGGGGCGGCUGGUUUCGCCCCUGCUAUCGGCUUUCCUCAGGCAGGUCUGUCUAUGCAGACAAUGCCUGGUGCUCUGGGGCCCCUCACCAUCCCCUCAUCAGCAAUGACUGGACGGAUGGCCAUCCACGGCAUGGCCCCCACCAUCAUCCACUCUGUGCUCCUCGUCUCCAACCUCAACCCCGAAAGUAUAUCACCACACGGACUCUUCAUUUUAUUUGGGGUCUAUGGAGAUGUCCACAGAGUUAAGAUUCUGUUCAACAAGAAAGAGAAUGCCUUAAUACAGAUGGCAGACGCAACACAAGCCCAGCUCGCGAUGAGUCAUCUGAACGGACAGCGUCUGUAUGGUAAGGUGAUCCGCGUGACCAUCUCGAAGCACCAGACGGUGCAGCUCCCCAGAGAGGGUCAGGAGGACCAGGGCCUGACCAAAGACUUCAGUGGGAGUCCUCUGCACCGCUUCAAGAAGCCCGGCUCCAAGAACUUCCAGAACAUCUUCCCCCCCUCCGCCACCCUGCAUCUCUCAAAUAUCCCUCCUUCUAUCACAGAUGACUUUCUGAAAGACCUCUUUGCUGGUUCUGGAUACGUGGUCAAGGCCUUCAAGUUUUUCGCGAAGGACCGCAAGAUGGCACUGAUCCAACUGGGUUCGGUGGAAGAAGCCAUCCAGGCUCUCAUCGAUCUCCACAACCACGACCUGGGAGAGAACCACCACCUGCGAGUGUCCUUCUCCAAAUCCACCAUCUAAUGUCCCCUUCGCUACAAACCCUUUCCCCAUUCUUCCCGAUCCAGCCCUUCUACUAGCAGUCUGACUGUUUCCCUUAGAGAAACGAAGACUGACCGAUGAACUAUUGAAAAAAAUUACUGUUAUUCAUGGGGUAGUUUUAGAGAUUUUACAAAAAAGAAAAAAACAAAGAAAAAAAAAGAAUUAGAAGACUAAUUCUUAACCUUUAGAUGGACUUGAGAGUGAAUUUGUAUUACUCUCAAGCAACCAGGGCUGGAGAUACAUGGGAUAUCCAUGACAAUGUGACUUAUCUGGGAGCUUCCACAUUGUCGAAGUAGGACUCCCUCUAUAGUCUUUUGCAGGUCACCAGGUAAGAAUCUUUGUUGGCGUAUUACGGAAAACCAACACAAGGAACAUUCUCAAAAAUCGAAAGUCAAGACUCUGGAAGAUUUUCUUUCUUGACAUCUCUAAAACAUCAGAGACUGACACUCCUGUAGCCCAAUGGCCUUGUUAACCCUGACCUAGGUGAGGACGGAGCCUCUUCCUCUGUGCCUCCCCCAAAUACCCGACAUCUUCACUCUCAUUGGCUGUUCCAAUGGAGAGCCCCACUUUGCAUUUCCAGUGGGAUGUGUUGGAUGCACGGUAACCGUUUGAAUGCCGCUGACGUCAUUGCAAGGUGCUGCUGGAAUAAAAAUAAAUCUGUAGCGACAGCCCCCAACCAAUGGGCUUGACCAACCAAUUUCCUCUGAGUAGCAUUAAAAUAAGAGUGCUAUGGAUUCAAGAAUGAGUUCGUUUGAAAUUCAAGCAUAGCUGUUUCAAACUUACGAACCUUUUGUUGUUUCUCGGCACUUUGAUUGAUUCGAAUUGAAGACAGGCACAGCGGGGGAAUGUUGUUUUGGAUCCUCAUAUGUUUACUGUGCGAAGAUGUAUAGCCAGAUGGUAGGCGUUUGUGAAUAGAUAGAGAAUGCCGUUUUUUCUUUCUUGUAUAAAGGAAAUUUUAUAUUGGACAGACCGGCCUGUUGGCUUUCUGCACCUGCAACGCUGUCAGAGUACAUCUGCGCACAACUGGUGUGUGAUUCAACCGUGAGUCCAGUCAAUCAGGUUCCUCAAUGGAGAGACCAUAUAAACGAACGAUCAUUCUGGAAAAAUUACGGCAAGCUGUCAAUCUUACUGGAACACUUCAAUCAGCCACACCCAGCCUGAUCGGAGGCCUCGCCUCCUCCCGAGUGAAAUUCUCUGAAUGUGAAUGGUGUAAGCCCGUAAUCUAGAAGGGAAAUUGAUUAUUCCUCCAUUGUCUUGCCCCCUCUUGCCCUUAGUUAAUUCUUUUUCUUUAGUUUUUUUUCUUGUUUUUCAUCUUUCCACAAGGGGGAAGAUGAUCUUUUUUGCAUUCUGUCAUUCCUCGGCUCUGUCCACAGGUGUGAGGUUUUGCAGCAAUGGGCUUGGUAGAAACAUUCAUGGAGCCCAUUGAGUCACAGCAAAAAAAAAAAAAAAAAAAAAAAAAAAAAAGGCGGCACUCUCUUUUGCCUUGCAGUCCCAUAAUGCCUCUACAUCUGAGCAAACCAAAUAUGAAAUGAAAGAAUAAGACUAAAUGACAAAGAGAGACUUGACAUCUGUUCAAAAACCUAUUGAACUGCUAUCCAAGCAAAUUCCUCCUAACUGAAAUGGAACCUUACGAAGGGCCGUUCAUCCAGAACAUGUUCUAGCAUUUCGUGUGUGGAAAUUUUUUAAUUGUUUGUCUAUGUGUGUCAGAUGGAGUUUUUUGCCGUCUCGCUAUUUUGUCAGCGUCUUUUACCAUGAGUGUCACGUUUUUAACGAUGGCGUGUCAAGAUAAAAGCCCUGUGUUUUGCUCCAUUCUGUUACACUCCGCUUAGCUGUUUUGAGCGGCAAUUGAGUUUGAUAUUAACAUGUUGCUAAGCUAACAGUGCGAUUAUAUAUAAAAGUAUAAGCAUAAUUGUUAGGGCUGGUGAUUUAACACAUUUAUUUAGAGUGUUUAACUAUUUAAAAAUGUUACAAAAUAAUGCAAUUAAUCAUCCCCUCUGACCCGUACACAAAUUUAAAAUGCAAAUUUUCCUACCAUCGGAGCAAUUCAAAUGUUUUUACGAGCUGCGUCAGCAAGGGGCAGUCAGCGCACCUCAACAAACCUCACAAGCAGCGCUACCACAGAAUGAAAGCCAAGUUACACAGGAUGCGUUCUUGACAGUUGGACCAAGCGCAACAGAAUACAGGGAUCUCGAGACACUAUUUACAAAGUUUCAGCUCAUUUUAACCUGACACAGCUUCCUUAAAAUGCAGUGUUAAUGGCGCUGAAACCAGCGAGACGCUUCAGAAGCGUCCGUCUGAUGCAUACGUACAUAAAUGGACAAUUAAAAAUAGCACAGACUGAGUGCAAGAACGCAUUGUGAGAACAGGACAGAUUGACGAACUCAAAUGCAAAAUGGAUUGCUAUCGUCUGUAGGCUUGUUCAAUGAUAUGGGAAUAAAGGCAAAAAUAUAUUGACUAAAUAUAUGUUAUUUAUAUUGAAUUAUCUUUAUUUUGGGGCUUUUCUUCCAAAUAUUUAUUUAUUUGAUUAAUUGCAUUUAGUUCGAUUAAAAAUUUGAAUCGAUUGACAGCACUAAUAAAUUUACAUAGCGCACACACACACAAAUACUGAGUAAAAUAGUAGUUUUUAAAAUUAAAUUGAACCAUUUUCUAUUGCUACUUUUCAUUAUUGAAUAAAAUAAGAAGUGAAUUAGAAUGAGCUUGCUGUAAUGCGAUGCGAUACACCAAUCCAUUUAAGUUUGAAAACUCUGUUAUAAUUUUCCUAAUGUCAUCAUGAAAGAAAAUGUGAGAGGUGAAAUCUAGUGAAAUGAAUGCAUUUUCAAACCAAAAUAAAUUAAUGUGGAUUGUGGACGUGUACUUAGAAUUCAGCCAAUACUAGGUAUCUUAGAAGGCAACUUAAGAGCUGCCUACCUUUUUGAACCUCCUUCAUGUCAUUGCCGUGCCUGUGAUGCCUUAAAAUGCUGUUUAGGUAGGCAGCUCACUAGGUUUUAGAACAGAACCAUGGUGUGCACACACAGAAGCUAAGGAGUCUUAGCAAUUAGAUUCUUUGAAUAUUUCUGCAUUUGUUUAUGUGAGUGUGCAGUAUUAUUACAUUAGGGGUCUACAGUAAAUAUGAGUAUAGGAGGUCUCCCUAUUGUGUGCAAGCAAGGUGCUGUCUCAUUUUUGCGAAGAUCUGGCUGUAAUAUUCCAAGGAGGGUCGCCAUAGACCCACUGAGUAGCAUCCAAUGGGAGCAGUUUCUGUGCCUGUGUGCUAAGUCCUCUGUCAAUAUCCAUUUGAAAUGUAGUCCUUUAUCAAACAAAUUAUAAUGUAAAUGCAAGGCAAGGGACAGUGUCAGUUUUUUUGACUGAUUUCACCUAAAGCGAUUUGAAAAUUCGCUUUCACUUCUCAAAAGAAAUUUAAUUUUGUUGAAGUUUACAGUCUUAAAGCAAAACUAUUCAGGUCUAAAUAUCUUAAGGAUUGUCAAGACUUUUUGAAAGAAAAAAAGUUACUUAUUUUUGGUAAUUUGUUCUUUUUUAUGGAAGAGGAAAAAAAAUCACAUAUUAAACCUCACCGGGUUUUUGUACCACUAUAAUCAUUCAAGAAAUCAUGGUGAAAAAAAAAAAAUCAUAUUUACUGUGUAUUUACCUAAUUUUCUUAUUAUGUGCCUUAUUAUGUGUUCAUAAUCAAAUAGGUUUUAGAAAUGUUACCUAAAAUAUCUUCUGUACUUUUUGUGGGAUUGGUGAGAGGGUUUAUUUGAUCUUAAUUUUUUUGUUGUGUAGCUCUUAUAGUUGUGUAAUUUUGUGGGGACUCAGUACCAUGUGGUCUUAAUAUGAUAUGAGAUGUAAGUUAUGAUGUAUGGUGCUGUGAAUGCUCUUAUUAGAAAAAUGAACGGUGAAUUCUACAAUGUUCAGAGCAUGCUGUGGGUCUCUCCUCUCCCUUGUAGGUGUGUGUGUGUGUGUGUGUGUGUGUGUGUGUGUGUGUGUGUGUGUGUGCGCAUACAGUAUAGUAUGAAUCCUUGACCUGCGUACCAUUGUUACAUACAGCCCUUCUAGGCUGAAAAAGUUGUUUCUCCAACUUUACUGGCAUAAAUAUAUCUAGUGAUCAGAGAGCAUGGAGGUUUGCUGCAGACAAUUUUUUAUGAUAGAAUAGUGAAUUUAUGAAAACGCUGUCUUGAGCACAUCAGUGAUUUAUUUUUAUUUUUUAUAUAUUAUGGAUUAUAUUAUCUAUAACUCCCCCUUUGAUGCUUCAGCAUUGGACUACUUAAAUGGAUUUUCCAAACUGGCACUGAGAAAUCUUUAGUUAUUUAUGCUAUUUUCUGUAUGCUUACCAGAAAGUUGCAUGUGCUGUUAAAAAAGUAUUUGAAAUAUAUUACUAUGGAGCUAGAUCAAUGACUUAAGCAUUUCAAUCUGAAAUUUGUUGAUUUGAAUUCUAAAUGUGACAUUUAACAAAACUGAAGAUUUUUGUAGCAUAUUUUAUAAAUUUUUAUUUGUGGUAUUUUAAGUGGAAAUUCAAGAACUCAAUACAAAUCUCUCACAUUCAGAUCAGAAACAAACUAGGCCAAAGGUCAAGCAAAGUUAGGUUAUUUACUUGUGCCACCAAGUGGUUAGUGCGGCGCUGACCAAACAGACAUGUGCGGCACGAGACAAAUUUACAUUGUGUUUAAAAGCAUUGUAUACGUCACUGCAUUUGUACAUUUAAUGCUACAUGGAAGCUAAAGUGUUUUCCCUGCUAAACAUAGUGUUUUCAGACAGUAUGAAGUCAUUCAUUUUCCUUUGUUUUUUAUGUUUCUUUUUACUUUUUGUUAUUGCAGAUUUUAUAUUGCCAGAAUAUGUGGUAUCAAUUUAAAUUAGUUUGUAUACAUUACCUUCAGUUAACACAAUAGCUAACAUGAAGUUAAAUGGACAAAACUUUUACAGCAUUUAUUUAUCUUGGCCAAUGUUAUUGAUCACUGAAUUCAAAUGAACAAAUUUCAUAGUCAUGUACUUUAGUCAUUGUUUUAGUUCCAUACCAGGACCAGCUUUUUAGUAUAUUGACACACAGACACACACACAUACAUACAAAGUCCAAAUAUUUUAAUUAAUAUUUACUUAAUAAAAUUUAAAUUAGCCCCAGAAAGCAAAAUGAGUGUAGAAGAGUCAAUUGACCAUAUUCACGCUAGCGCUAUCUUUGAUUUUUAAUGGGAAUGACAACGAGGCUGUGAGGGAUUGACUUACCAUCUCUCCAAUGGCAUGAUAAAGCUGUAUAAAGCUCCUAGAUCACAUCUGAUUUUCCACAACUCAUGUAGUCUGGAGUUCUUUGUAUACUGAAUGUUCUUGGACAGAUAUUUUAUCAAUGUUUUGUCCACGGAACAAUCCAAAAACACUUUAAACUGCAGUACAGCCCAUUGAAGAGAUGGUAAGUCAAUCCCUCACAGCCUCGUUAUUCCCAUUAAAAAUCAAAGAUAGUGCUAGCGUGAAUAAGGUCAGUGGAGACCCAGAAGCCCACAGCAUCCACUCUGAGUGUUCAGGUCUGCCUUCCAUUUGACUAUGAUGAAGCUGUUGUCUGAGACUUGCACCUGUGUGUUUGGAGUUGAAUCUUAUUUACUGUAUCUUAUAUUUGAUUCAUUUUAGGGGUUUUCGUUCCUGCUUUGUUGUGUGUUUUUUUUUUUUUUUUUUUUUUUUCUUAUUUGGGUUGUUAUUCUUUUAUUAAGUGUGUUAAAACUGGUUCAAGAUUGUUGUCUUUCACUUUGCCUCUUCUCAACAGCAGUUUUGAAUCUGUAGUAUACAAGUAUCCACUGAUAUAUGCGAAUGGGAGCGUGAAACGGAGAAAUAUUCUCCGAUCACUAGAGGUCAGGUCCAUCAGAAGCAUCCGGAGGUUUAAAUGUAUGCAGCCGUGUAGCAGAACACCAGUUCGAGCGGGCCACAGUCUGCAUCCGGCUGAGAUGCUUUUUUACUUAUAAACAGGAGAAAAGCCAGACUCCAUUAACAUGUCACAGAAAUCACAAGACGCCUCAUAACCUUCAUUUUCCGAAAUAUUUUCCAACCAUGUCUUGACUCAGGCAACAACGUUUCGCUGUGUUGUAAGACAUUUUAUUGUUGAUAAUCGUGGUCAUUUAACCGGUUAUUCACGUGUAUGGUUUUUCCAGGUUUUUUUACUAAAAAAGUCACAAAUAAUGCAGGACCAAAGUUUAUGUGCCUUUCAUCUAUCUUAUUUGUAACUUAUUUCCUGGCUGUAUAUCAGAAACCAACAAACUUGUAUUUUCCACUCUUCAUCAUUGUUACAAGUCUGUUUUUCGCUGAGAAAUACGCGUCCCGCCGUCUGUUCUUGGUUUGUUUCCCUCAAAACUCAGAAGGGCAAGCCAUAUCCUUUCCCCACAAACUAGGCUCAUUUACAAAACUGAAUGUGUUACCAUGCCCUUAUCGAUUCAGUUGAACAGCCUUACUCAGAUUAACAGCUUCUGAUAGUUGCGACGAUACUCGCUAAUUAUAGAUAUCGCUCAUCUCGUCACAAAGGGGGGAAUUUACUGAAUGAUUUACGCCCACAGAUAGCGAAGUUUAUUUGGCAGCCUGAUCUCAUUAAAAUUAUGUGACUGUAGCACCAUUUUUGUAAAAUGGUAUUACGUGGUUCAUGGCACGUAUUGCGGCAGUUCUGAGAUGAAAUGCCAACUGGGUGGCGCUAAAAUAGUUCAAUUUACUCCUAAACCUCUAUCAGGUUUUAAAUCAACAAAACCGACCUCCCUACCCUAAACCUUAAACUUAACCGAUAGUGUCAGAAAAAGCAAAUACGACAUGAAAAACACAAUUGCUAAAGCAACCGCGUCAUGUUGUGUGUUUAUGACAAUUUCCACUCAGGUGUCGACUUGCAUGCUUGACUGUACUCUGGUUCUUUGCAUUGCAUUCGCAAGUGCAAUGAUAUCAGUUGAGAUACUGUGCAUUUAAAUGCAUUAGAACAUGCUUGUAAAUGAAGUUUGGGUAAUGCAGAUGUUCAAAUGUAUCACCUUACAAGUCAUGCGCUAUAGUAAAAGUGUUUAGAUGUAGUAAGAUAGCAUUUUGUGAGAAACGGGGGGAAAGUGAACUGAUAAUCUGCCGUUUUACUCGUGAUUGGCGUGAAAGGGAGUAAAAGUCAUUGUUAUUUUAGAGACUCUAGUGUUCAUUUCACCAAGAAUUUCACCAGGAAAUUGCCGCAACACAUACAACGAGACAUGUAAAAACCAUUUUGCCAAAAUGUAGGUAACGUGAUUUUAUGAGACCGGGUUGUUAUUUGCACGCACGGUGUGCAUUGUUUUAGCCCCCUAAAGGUUUCACAAAAGGAAUUAUGCAAGUAACACAGCGAAAGUGCAGCAUGCAAUUUGCGUGGCACGUUGCCCCAUUUUACACUCCGCAUCUUGAUAUGCGCGAUUAUUCCACUUUUCUCGAAAAUUUGAUGAAGUACUGCUGCCACAAUCCCUAGGAAAAGUUGACAAACAUCUGUUUUAAACAAAAUUUUGCAUACCGUCUGCUUUCUGUGGGCGAUUAAUAGCGCAACGUUAAUUGUUCCAGCCAAAUAGCGCAAUCUGAAAAGUGCAAUUUACAUUGAAACGAGCUGUGUUUGCACUGAAAAGACAGUGGCUUAAUUUAAAUACUCACUUUGCCAGUGAAGACAGUGCAGGAUUACCACACGUAAAUGUGGUGCAACCAUUUAGUGAAUUUGCCUCAAAAAUGAUAACCAGUUACAGUUUUGUCUUUUUUCUUCAUAAAUUCCAUAAAAAAGCUUUAUUCUAAAAUGCAUAAAACCAUAACAAUAAACCAACCACUGAAACCAAAGGACUUGAUUGAAUUGGAUCUGAUGCAGCUCUAUUCAGUUGUGACUGAAAUAUUUUAUUGCUUUAUUAUGAUGCAAUCAACCCUUAUAAUCUUCAAAUUUCAGCCAUAUCACAUUCUAUUUCUCAAAACUAAAUUUCAUGGGCUACAAUUAUGCUAAUUGAACAGUAUAAUUUAAGGGGGAGGAGGGGGAGGUGGGUGCUAGACUAAAUUAGCGAAUUGGGGUGUGGCUCAAGCACAGCGCACAUACAGAAGUGCCCGAGUUUACCUCAGGAUGCACGACAUGCAUUGAAAUUCCUAAUUUAUAGUUUUUAUGAAUGUUUCACUACCAAAAGGAAACAGAUGCUGUAAAUGUGUGUUCCCUUUUAUUUUAUUUUUUUAUUAUUUUUUUUUUUACCUGGCCAAAAAUGGUUUUGGGGAACAAGACACCAAUAUGAACUGGUUUUUAUAUUUAUGGAAAUUAACAGAAAAAAACACGAUUUGUCUUCUGUAUUUUGAUAUCAUACCAGUACCAGCUUUCAUUUGUAAAGCAGUUUAUGUGACGUGUGGGAAUUGAGGAGAGAGACAAGUGUAUCCAGUUUGAGUUAUGAUGUAAUAAAUGCAAAUAGAAGAUAAACUAUUAAAGAAACAUAUUUUCUAAUUUUUGCAGUGCAUGAUUGAGUGCAGAUUUGAUUUGUAUUUUUUGUAGAAAGCGUUCCUUUUUCUGUUUAUGAAUGGCUUAUUAUUAUGCAUAAUCAUUAUUAGAGUUACAAUUAUUCUUAUUCUUAUUACACACCCAGAGUCUCUGCUGACGUUUUUCUUAAUUAACUUUAAUUGUAGCAUGCCUUGAAUAAAUGUCAUGACAUCUGUA